UAAACUCUCUAUCUCUCCGUCUCUAACCCGCUCUCCACACAUGGGGGGUUUCUUUUCUGCAACUCCUGCCGUCUGGCCAUUUGUGCCGCUGCAGAAGAGUUUCCGCUCAAAACUUCCAAAUGGGAAAGGUUGGAAGAGCUCUAUCAAGGCCUGAGAAAUCUCCAAAAGAGUCUCAGAUUCAAGAUCCAUCUCAGAAAAUCCACUCCUCAUAGUCUCUGUAGCGUGAGAGAUUAUUGGAUUAGUUCCAUGUAGGUUUUGCGAAGAAUGGACAUUACCAGAACAUUGGAGUCGAGGGGGAAUCACACUACAUCAGCAAAUUCUGAGGAAUCGGCUUUGGAUCUGGAGAGAAAUAUCUGUGGUCACACCAACCUUCAUUCCUUAAGUUCGCCACCUCUCCAAGCAUUCGCAUCGGGUGGUCAGCACUCUGAGAGCAAUGCUGCCCACUUCUCGUGGCCCACUUCUACUCGACUUAAUGUUUCUGCUGAAGAUCGGGCGAAUUAUUUUGGGAACCUUCAGAAAGGGGUCCUACCCAAAACACUUGAUCGGUUGCCAACGGGGCAGCAAGCGACCACAUUGCUUGAAGUAAUGACUAUAAGAGCAUUUCAUAGCAAGAUCUUGCGAUGUUAUAGCCUUGGAACGGCCAUUGGUUUUCGGAUUCGAAAGGGGAUGCUGACGGACAUACCUGCUAUUCUUGUAUUUGUCGCCCGGAAAGUUCACAGGCAGUGGCUCAGCCACAUCCAGUGCCUGCCCUCUGCCCUUGAGGGACCAGGAGGUGUAUGGUGUGAUGUGGAUGUUGUGGAGUUCUCAUACUAUGGUGCACCGGCACCGAUCCCCAAAGAACAAUUGUAUUCUGAGCUUGUGGAUGGCUUACGUGGAAGCGAUCCAUGCAUCGGUUCAGGUUCUCAGGUUUCAAACCAAGAGACAUAUGGAACACUGGGUGCCAUUGUGAAGAGCCGAACAGGCAGUCGGCAAGUUGGUUUCCUCACAAACCGGCAUGUUGCGGUCGACUUGGACUUUCCAAACCAAAAGAUGUUCCAUCCUUUACCGCCCAACCUUGGACCUGGAGUGUACCUGGGUGCUGUGGAGAGGGCAACAUCUUUCAUCACUGAUGACCUUUGGUAUGGGAUAUUUGCUGCAACAAACCCAGAGACAUUUGUGCGAGCCGACGGAGCAUUCAUUCCCUUUGCUGACAAUCUCGACAUGUCCAAUGUCACCACGUCAGUGAAAGGUGUGGGUGAAAUCGGUGAUGUCAUGGUCAUUGACUUGCAGUCUCCAAUCAAUAGCCUCAUUGGGAGGCAAGUGGUGAAGGUGGGAAGAAGCUCUGGUUUGACUACAGGGACCGUAAUGGCAUAUGCCCUGGAAUACAAUGACGAGAAAGGGAUCUGCUUCUUCACCGAUUUUCUCGUCGUGGGUGAGAACCAACAAACAUUCGAUCUUGAAGGUGACAGUGGAAGUCUCAUUCUCUUAACAGGACAGGGUGGUGAGAAACCACGGCCCAUUGGGAUCAUAUGGGGUGGGACAGCCAAUCGUGGGCGGUUGAAGCUGAAAAGCGGUCAAGGCCCAGAGAACUGGACUAGUGGGGUUGAUCUUGGACGCCUUCUUGAUCUGCUGGAACUGGAUCUUAUAACGACCAGUCAAGGCCUUCAGGAAGCCAUACAAGAGCAAAGAAGUGCCCCGGUCACAGCUGUUGGCUCUACAGUUGGGGACUCGUCCCCUGCAGAGGCGGCACCACCAAAGGACAAGAUGCAAGAAAUCUACGAGCCUCUGGGUAUUAACAUUGAACAGUUCCCCUUAGAAGACAGGGCCGAGACUGUAACCAAUGUGGAGCAUCAGUUCAUUCCAAGCUUCACCAACACAUCUCCCAUGCACCAUCAAGAUCAGGAAGGCAACCUGGAAUCGAAGAGCCUUUCUGCCCUGAGGAUUGCCUCUGACGGAGACCUUUCUGUUUGCUUGCAGCUGGGAGAACGAGAGCCCAAGAGAUCGCGUUCCGAUCCCACCUCUAGCUUGGAAGAGCCAAACUGAAGUGGGUAUUUGCCCACAAAGUGGGACCCACGUAGAUUGCAUGUAUCGAUUGAGUGCACGGUUAGCAUUUUCCGAAGGGAAAGCUUGUGAAAUGGAUUCAAAUGGUGAGAAAAUGUAUGUUGUAUCUGUGUGAUAGAUCUAACUUAAAACCAUCGAGGGGCUAGAAAUAAAAAAGGAGCAUCGAGUGGUUGCGGUUCAUUUAUCAGAAGAUGCGAAUCGCAGGUCAGAUCUCAAACUCGUUUGACGCUCUUGCAUUUUUGCAUGUUUCAAAUGACAUAUAAAUGUGUUGUUUCAUACAGUAUUUAAUAGAAAAUGUCUAGGACAGAUUGGUCUUGAUCAUCA